GACAGUUUCUUUGGAUGGAAUGGGGCUAGUCGGAAACUAGCACUGAGCUUUGAAUUGAAUUGGAAGUUUUUGGAAAAGAUAGCCGCAGCUUGUCGGAGCGUUCAAUAGAGAGCGGAGUGAAAUGAAACGCGAUGUCCGGAUACUGCUGUUGGGGGAACCCAAAGUGGGAAAGACCUCUCUCAUCAUGUCUCUGGUCGGAGAGGAGUUUCCCGAGCUGGUUCCUCUCCGGGCAGAGGAGAUCACCAUACCGGCCGACGUCACGCCUGAGAAAGUGCCCACACACAUAGUCGACUAUUCAGAAACUGAACAGUCUGAUGAAGUGUUGAGGGAGGCGAUCGUAAAGGCCAAUGUUGUGUGUGUGGUUUAUGAUGUCACACAAGAGGAAACCAUUGACAAGAUCAGGACUAAAUGGAUUCCGCUGGUGAACGGUGGUGCUGAAAAAGGAAGCAAGAUUCCCAUCAUCCUCGUGGGCAACAAGUCCGACCUGCGCUCCGGCAGCUCCAUGGAAAGCAUCCUGCCAAUCAUGAACCAGUUUUCAGAGAUUGAGACCUGUGUAGAGUGCUCAGCUAAGAAUCUGAAGAAUAUUUCCGAGCUCUUUUAUUACGCCCAGAAGGCCGUUCUACACCCGACUGCUCCGCUCUACGACCCUGAAGACAAACAGCUGAAGCUGCAGUGUGUUCGAGCUCUGAGUCGGAUCUUCAGCAUCUCUGAUCAGGAUAAUGAUCACAUUCUCAGUGACGCUGAACUCAACUGCUUUCAGAAAUUGUGUUUUGGGAAUCCACUGGCUCCUCAGGCUCUAGAGGACGUGAAGACAGUCGUUUGGAAGAACACCAGUGAUGGAGUCCAGGACAACGGACUCACACUCAACGGUUUCCUGUUCUUGAACACUCUCUUUAUCCAGAGGGGACGUCAUGAAACCACCUGGACCAUCCUGCGUAAAUUCGGCUACGAUGACACGCUCGACUUGACCGAUGACUACCUCUACCCACCAUUACGAGUAUCGGUGGGUUGCACGACGGAGCUGAAUCAUCUGGGUCAUCAGUUCCUCCAGAAGCUGUUUGAUAAGUAUGACGAGGAUAAAGAUUCAGCUCUCUCUCCCGCAGAGCUGAAGAAUCUGUUUAGUGUUUUACCCUACAUGCCCUGGGGCCCGGAGGUGUACAGUAAUGUCUCCCUAUCAGACGACAACUACAUCUCACAGCACGGGUACUUCUGCCAGUGGAUGUUAUCCGCUUAUCUGGAUGUCCACCGGUGUUUGGAGCAUCUUGGUUACCUCGGCUAUCCCAUUCUAAUGGAGCGAGAGUCCCAGACCUCCGCCAUCACAGUAACAAGAGAAAAGGCCUUAGACCUGGAGAAGAGACAAACCCAGCGCACUGUGUUCCUCUGCAAAGUGAUCGGUCCACGUGGAACAGGAAAGACCGACUUCCUCCAAGCUUUUCUGCAGCGAAGCACUGAGAGAAACGAGCGCGACCCCAGUCCCCCCACAAUAUACGCCAUCAACACCGUCUCAGUAGCCAAUCAGGACAAGUACCUCAUCCUGGAGGAGGUGGAUGUGGAAACAGAGUUUCUAAAAACAGCAGAUGCAGCAUGUGAUGUGGCGUGUCUCAUGUAUGAUGUCAGCGACCCGGACUCCUUCAACUACUGCGCUAGUAUUUAUAAGCAGCACUACAUGGACCGUGGAAUCCCGUGUGUGGUUGUGGGCUCCAAAGCUGAUCUGAUAGAAGUCAAACAGCAUCAUGGGAUGAGCCCGUCUGAGUUUUGUUACAAACAUCGGCUGCCUUCUCCUCUCCAUUUUUCCACGCUGCUCACACACACUCACACACACAUUUACAGCAAGCUCACCUGGGCUGCCAUGUACCCGCAUCUGAACGGAUCAGACAUGAGCAGCACGUCUUUCUGGCUGCGUGUGACUCUGGGCGCCACAAUAGCUGCCAUGCUGGGCUUCGCUCUGUACAGAGCCUUUAGCCGACACAAAUGAUGCAGACACAAUACAUGCAGAUAAACACACACUCCCUCUUUCCCGCGCUCUGUCUUGGCCUUACAGUGACAACAACACAAUUAUGCAGAUGUUUGUUUGUUUGUUUUUUUCAGCUGGACUAAAGUAUUGUACACACGCUUUGCUUUUAUUAUGAAAAAUUCCCGAUCUUACUGUUUGACCUACAUCGGUCGACCCCAAGAGAUGUUUUUUUCAUCAUGUUUUGAGAGGAACAAUAUCAAGAAAUGAUUUAAAAGGGUAUGUUUUGAAUUGUACAGAGUUUGUAAUGUAGUUAAUAGCUUGGGAAAUCAAUAUGGAUCAUGAAAAUAUUCCAUGUGAAUUCGUAUUGCGUUUCUGAAGUGUAUAUUCAAACGAAUCUCAAUGUUGGGGUCAGUUAUUCGGUUUUACCUCAGCCGGUUCAGGAAACGCACUUAAAUUCAUAAUUCAGCCUCUCAUAAUGUUUGAGAAGCUAAAGUAAGUUCUGGGUUAAAUAGAAGUUAAAGAAAUAGUUCAUUACCUGAAAAGUGACUCACCCUCAAGAUUUGGCGAAAUUUAGCAUCACUUGCUCAACAAUGGAUGCUCUGCAGUGAAUGGGUGCCAUCAGAAUGAGA